UUAUCUUUUAUUUGGUCCCCAUUUGUUUUCAUCAGUUUUUCUUCUUUAUGCAGAAUAGCACUAGAGCCAGAGCCUACGUGAAUUAUUUUAUGGCGCCACACUGGUUAAGUGAAGGAGAGGGUGUUGUCGGAUUCAAGAGAAAGCGGAAGAUCGAAUGACGGCAUACCGGUACUAAUGCUGUCUUGAGUUUAGUAGGUUACGCGCUCUCACUAUAGUGAUGCACUCGCAGUAUCGUCCCAGGAAAGAUGUUUGAGAAGAUUCAGAAUGGAUAACCCUUAAGGGGAAUAGUUUUGUGUGCUGCAAAUUUCGAAAAUAUUAAUCAGCUAUCCUUUUACUGUCAAGAGAAGAAAAAUAUGGAAAGCACUUUUUCAGGAUACGAGCAGUACUGCAGAUGGCAGGGCUAUGAUUUAGAAAAAGGCAGCGUUACCCUCAAUUUUGGUAAAAGUGGUGAGAGCGAUGACCCGUUUCUGACGAACUAGGAGGGGAGAGGAAUCUGCCGACAAGUUAUUCCUCUGAAGCCAAAACAUUUGGUUCUUCAGUCGCCUUUUAGACAACGGCAUGAUCAGAAGUGUUUUCAUCUGUGAAAAUGCGUAACACGUUUCAGCUCUGUGUUGUCUUUCUUUGUCUGGUAAUCGUCAAUUCAUCUCACGCAGGAUCCCGAAGUUUCGUUAACAGACAAUAUGCCCAGGUAAGAAGUGACUGGGUUCCUACUGAACGCGGUGGCAGGGCAUCGGUGGUCUUUCCGCUCAGUAGCAACACAAAUGCUGGUCAGCUAAACUAUCAAAUUCAAGAUGCGGCCAAACACCGAGCUGAGAAGGAUGCGGUGCGGACAAGUACAACUUCACGUUCAGUUUACUUCCAAGACUAUCCGGAGUUAAAAACUCCCCAGCCAGUGAACGAAUUUAAAUCCGUUUCCGGAUUUCGGCCUUCCCAGGCAUAUCCAAUCACGUCCUCGGCCAGCGAGCCGGUUGUGGAAAAAAGGGAAUUUCCCGCGGUCCAAAGUAAUGCACCGUACACAUCAAAUAUCAAUGAGAAUAUAGAAUUGGCGCCCAAAACGGGCAAAUACAUCAUCACUGGAGGUGUCGUCCCCUCUCUUCAAACUGUUGAAGUAGUAACCACUUCUCCAUCGCUCACCGAUUAUUCUGAUUUAGUCGAUGCCAUGGAACAUCUAGUUGAGAGGCUUAACGAAUUGGAAACAAAAUUAGAAAACCAAGAAGCCAAGGAAACGCUAGAUGAAAAUAGCCGUUCUAUUUUGGCGAUGAAUUCAGCGCUAACUUCGACAAAAGAAAAGCUUGAAGCCGAAGUUACAUCACUGUCGGCGAGAACACUGUAUUUGGAACAACGCUUAAGCGAUCUGGAAGAGGUUACACGAGAGUGGAUCAAUCCUAACAACUUGGGAUAUUACGACAAUACCAAAACGACGGAAAAAAGAGGAGCAGCCCGUCGUUGCCCUACGCAGUUUUUUAGCUUAGACGUUGAGGAUCCUGCAGCACCUUGUUAUUCUAUAAGCACAGAGCCGAACGUUCGAAAAAACUGGCAGGAUGCAGCUGGAAGUUGUAAAGAGAUAAAUGCCAAAUUAGCUGAGCCCAAAUCGACGGAUGAAUUGAGGAAACUGACGGACUAUUUGCGGUACAACAGAACAGACCAAAUUGGCGGUGGCUAUUGGACUGGUGGCCUCAAUCCUGGACUCAUGUGGCUGUGGCCGUCACUCGGGAGCUCGCUCACCAACAUUGAUCCUACGCUCUGGCUAACUACGUCAGAUGCUAUUGACACAAAUAAUGGCAAAUGUCUUAGACUUUCUUAUGACAGGACAUCACAGCGUUAUGCCUUACAAGGCUCGGAUUGCCAGAGAUAUUUGUAUUUUGUUUGUGAAUAUGACAAAAAUGGAACAGCCCCUACAAUCGAACGAUUAGAAAAAUCAAUGAUUAACGGAAAGGAGUAUGAGGACACUACAGCAUCAAGUGUGCCGCGUUUCACGUCUACAACCGCGAUUGUACCUGGCGAUGCAUCAAUUUCCGUAACGCAACCUACAACGACUACUCAACCGCCACCGCGAUCUUAUCCAGUUCCACACUAUAAACGUAUAUCUUGGCCUGCCUCCAUAACCACUACUCGAGCUACGACAACAACGCAAGCCCCACCGACUCCAAACUACGUCGGUGUUAUAGGAUUUAAAGGAAUACCACCGAAGCUAAGAAACGAAAUUCCGCUUAAUUUGGCUGUCUUAGAGGAGAGCAACUCGUAAAAUAGGACGAAAACUGACACCCCGCCAUAAUUCUUGCUUGUUCUUGCACGUGUAAUCUACUAUUUCUUAGUGGCUGGCUCACUGAAGUAGCUUACUAAUUUAUCCCCUUUCCCAAGCGGGAGAUAUUCAGAAAAUUUGAAUAAAAUCGUGAAAACUUG